GGAACCAAGCAGGGCAUUAGAACGUUGGUGUGACGUAAUGACCCUUCGUUCUUCUUCGGCUCCUUUGCUACAGACAGACCCGGAAGUAGGCGGUACUGCUGUUUUGCUGUCGAGUCACCUCUGUCAGGAUGGAGGAAAACGAGCUGCUAUCAUGCUGAAAAACGAAGGCUCCCAUCAGCCGAGCAUCUCAAACCAGGAUAGUUAGAGAUAAGUCGCCGUUUAUCUUGACUGCUGCGUCGUUUCCGCUUCGCCAAAAUGAUGGAAGAAAUUGACCGGUUCCAAGUACCUCCAGUCAACGGAGAGACACAGCCUUUGGACCCAGCAGCCACCUCCACCUCAGAGGUGGACCCUGACAGCAAGGGAGAGACUGUGGCCAUGAACUACAAGCCCUCACCACUGCAAGUCCAAAUAGAGAAACAGAGGGACCUUGCCAGGAAGGGAUCAGUGAAGAAUGGCUCAGUGGGAAGUCCUGUCAAUCAACAACCCAAGAAAAAUGCCAGGACAAGGUUGGUGGUACCAAACAAAGGCUACUCCUCUUUAGACCAGAGCCCAGAUGAGAAGCCCCUGGUGGCCCUGGACACUGACAGUGACGAUGACUUUGACAUGUCCAGAUACUCCUCAUCAGGAUACUCCUCAGCCGAGGUGAGAUGUCUGAGGGACCAGCAGAUAAACCAGGACCUGAACAUCCAGCUCCUGAAGGACGGGUACCGGCUCGAUGAGAUCCCGGAUGAUGAGGACCUGGAUUUGAUCCCUCCCAAAGCAGUCAACCCCACCUGCAUGUGCUGCCAGGCUGCUCCCUCCACAGCUUGUCAAAUCCAGUAGCACCACACCCCACAAAAAAAAUCUCUUGUCUGCCACCUGCACUGAGGCCAACUACUGACCGGAGUGGCAGUGUGGAGGAAAGACUGGCAAUGGCACAAAGGGAAAACAAGGGUUUAUAAAUGCUAAAAUAAGAAAUGGAGAUCGGUCAAGUCUUGUGGAAAGAGUUGAUAUGUACAGGACUGUGCACGUUCCUCCUAUGGUAGGAUCUGUGCGUCUCACUUCUGCAUUGUUGGUUCAGCGAAGGACUCGACUGAUGGCAGAAAUAUUACCUCUAAGGAAAACAAGUUACUUUUGCUUCCCUUUCAUUUGACUUCGCUCUCAUGCUUGUGGAUAUUUUGUUUUACAAGGACCAUGAAGGACUGUGUGAUGUUGUGGAAGAACAGAAAGAAAAUUGGAGGGAACUAGUCAACCAAAAAUAUGUGAAAUGGUGACGAGAGGACAUUACAUUGAAAGUGCAUCAUCCAUGGAAUCUGCUCCUUCUGCUGGUGAAUCAAUGAAGGUCGAUGGACAAGGAGAGACGAGAAGCUUCGUAAUGCCCAUUGUUUUCUCUCUUUGUCAUUUCUUUCCGCUUUGUCUUCCUGUGUAUACGUGUCAAAUGUGAAAAAGACGUGCGUGUCUAAAUAUUUCCAGGAGAUUAGUGCUUAACCAUCAAGCUGCUGAUAAAACACUAAUGCUUACACUAAGAUCUCAAGUCCAGAUUCUAUUUUUAAAGUUUGUCUGUUACACCAAGGUUGUACUGCUUGACUGUGUCACGUUCAGUUUAAAAGAAGAUGAAAACAAAUACUUUUGCAUGUUGCCUGUUAACACUGUGUCCUAAUGACUGGCCUGUGCAGAUAAUUUAUCAGUUUUUAUUGACCCCUAAACACAUCCUUGUGCAGAUGAGACAUUAUGUGAGUUUUGGUUUUUAAAACAUAAUGUUGGUAAUAUUUAGGUACACCCGUUGUAAUAUCAGUAGAUAUAGAGAAACAGUUAAUAGAAUCAGUGGCAGAACAGCUCAUGAUUUAUUGCGUACUUCCUUUGUGUUUGUCCAUAUUUGUUCCGACAUGAGUGGAUGUUUGAGAGUAUCACAUAUGUACGGAUACAUAGAAAGUUGUGCAAUUUUGUCACAGCUGUUAAGGGAUCUGAAGAAUGUAUAUAAAGUGAUUCCAUAUCACCUGGAUUUAUUUUUUUUUUUAUUUUAUUUUUUUUUGCAAUUCAAGGAAAGUAUGCAAUGCUUUCCUUUCUUUAAAGCUUAGUUGUAAGUGUAUUUGUUUUGUAUUGUACAUCAGCACAUCUGCUUGAGAUUUUAUAUAACCAGUCUGUCUGAUUUGGGGACGAGAACUGUAUAUGUAGCACCGGACACAGCUGUGUAUUGUCACUGCUUUAUGCAAAUGGAUGUUUUACAUGCUGUUGAAAAGAAAGUCACCUUUCUGUUUACUUUUCAUGUUUACAUCACUCUAAAGACAUCUCUGCAGAGAGCUUUGCAGAUGAUAAAAGUCACCUGCAUGCAAAUCUGCUACGGGUUUCCCAAAAACACAGCAAUGAUGCAAGCUUUCAGAUGAAGUGAACGACUUCCUGAUUAAGCACAUUCGGACUAAUAAGACACCUGAAAAACAUCCGUUCUUUAAGAAAACUUGAAUCUAUAUACGCUCUAAAAGCAUGUGUAGUUAAUGUUCACUAUACUGCGUUGUGCCUCGCCUUGUGGAGUUACUUCUGAAAUACCGUGUGCAUCGACUCUAAACAAUCUCAUUUAUCUUUGUAGAUAAUAUAUAUUGCAGUGUUUUUGGGGAACUUUGCAUUAAUCUUUCAUAACUGAGCUUCUGCUAGGAUAUUUACAACUGAGUUUUUACAUUUUUAUGAAAAUCCAUACAGAAACAACAACAGUAAAAGUAAUUUCGUGUUAUUCACUGAAUGGAAAUAGAGUGUGUAGUGCAACACACAUAUAACAGCAAGUAAUUGCAUCUCCUAAGAGUUUGGAGAAGAAUAAAAGGGGAAGACAUGUUUUUCCUCUGCUCAAAGAACCAGAGAGUGGAGAGUAAACAGAAAACCUAACUGGAAAGAGAAAACAAAAUGUAAUUUCUAUCAAUUAAGUUGGAAGAGGGUACCUAACUUCACUUGUAUACCUGAUAGAACUUCAAUCUUUCUACAGCUUUUGAGUCGCAAAAUUGAACAAACAUAAAAAAAAGCCCAUUUCAUUUGCAAAUGAGGUGCCAUGUGUGUAGAUAAUUAAACGACUUGCAUUAAGUAGAAAAAGCCCUGAACAGAAGAAUUGGCCAGGUAAUAUGUCACUAAUGCAGCUUCUAGCUGAGGUGUGUGUAGGGCCUGUUGUUGUGUACAGUUAACAUUAACACUGAGGGACUGAAUGUGUGAUUGACAAUGGUGCUGGUUUCUUUUUUGUUUCUAUCAUUGCAUUGUUCAUUAGAUUCAGGCCAUUGUGGCCGUCCUCUAUUGAGUGCACUACUUCUGACCAAUGUCGUCUCACUUAGGGAGUCUAAAGUAAUGCAUUGUAACGGAAGCUAUUUAUUUGCAGUUGUGCGUUUUUAAUUUAUCUUUCAAGAACGGAAACUAAUUCAUAUGCGGACUGAUGCUUUUUAUUUUGUCAGGUGCUUAUUAUGAUGAUUGUGAACUGGUUCUGUUUAGAUUUUAACAGUGUUAAAAGUUCUGUGUAUAGUGCAGCAUCUCAGAAAAUAAAUAUUAAGUAUCGCUAA